UUAUUGAUAUUGGACUAUAUACUGUGUUAUGACUCGACCUAAUAUGCAUGACUUUAGUUUUUUCUGCGUUAAUAACUAGUCCCAUGUCAUGUGACCAUUGAUUUAAGAGCGUUAUAUCGUCUUGAAGUGUUUUUUGAGCGGCGGCGAUGUCACGAUCUGCUGAUACGAGACAAGUAUCGUCCGCAAAUUGAUAUAGAUUACACUUUGUUAUAAGGUAAUUAAGGUCAUUUACAUAAGCAAGGUAAUGCAAGGGACCCAAUACUGAUCCCUGUGCUGUUCCUUCUGUAAUGUUUAUUUUAUCACUAAGUGUAUUAUCCACCCUAACAAUAUAUUGUCGGUUACAGAGGUAGUUUUUACUCCAGUCUAAUAAAGGUCCUCUGAUACCUGUGUCUCGAAGCUUUUCAAUUAGAGUUUCAUGUCGUAAAGUAUCGAAAGCCUUACUGUAGUCAAUAAAUGCGACUAAUACGCGUCUUUUCUCAUCAAGGUGAGUAUUAAUAUCAUUUGUAAAUUUUGAUAGUAGCUGUGUAGUGCUUUUACCAGGUUGAAAUCCGAAUUGAUUGUUAGAUAGAAUAGAGUUUGCAGUGUAAAAUGUUUGUAUUUGUUCACAUAUAUAUUUUUCUGUUAUUUUGUCGAUAAUCGGAAGUAUUGAUAUCGGUCUGUAGUUGGCAUAUUCUUUUUGGGAGUGUGGCUUAUAAAUUGGCCUAAUAAUACUUGUUUUUAAUCCGUCUGGAUAAAUACCCUUUCUUAUGCUUGUGUCUAUAAGUUUUGUCAAAGCAAAAGAAAUCUUUUCACCUAUGCCUUUUAUAUCAAUAGCUCGAAUGCCAUCAAAGCCGGGUGCUUUAUUGACGUUAAUAUUUUUUAAUAUUUUUGCUACUUGCUGUACACACGGUUUUUUAUAAUAAAUAGACAAGCAAGCCGGUUUUUUAUAACUGUUUGAAUCCAAAAAUUAUUUUUACAAUUUAGUAUUAUUUUAGACACAUUUUCUUUAAAACUAAAGGCGAAAUUAUUUGCUAUCAUUUGAGUAUUUAUAUUGUUUGUUUUAAAAGCUUUAUUUAUUACUUCGUCUACAGUUUGGGUUAUUCUCCCUGUUAUUUUGUUAAUAAUAUCCCAGAGUUGUAUCUGUAUCUUACUAUAACCUAAAAACAAACUAAAAGCUAUUGUCUAUUAGUUUUCACCGGUAUUAUAAGUUAAAACAGUGCACUGUUCAAUAAAUAUGGGCGCGUUCCCACUAUCUCGUAACGACUAAUUUAUCGUUCGACGACUGUCGUCUCUACCUGUUCCCAUUAUAACGAUUGUUUGUCGUCAACAUUUUUUAUCGUUUAGCGACUGUCGUAUCUAGCUGUUCCCAUUAGAUCGCUCAGAUCGCUCGCAUCAUCAGCAAGCUACAAAUCUAGUCGCCUCUGCGUUCGCUUGGUGAUUACUAGUGCGUUUACUCUCCUGAGUUCAAUGGACGAAGAUGAAAUUUUAAUAAUGUAUUACUUUUUGAAAAGAAGGAAAAUGAAGCAAGAAAUGAAAAGAAAGUACUGGGUACAUCCAAUGUUAAUGAAAAGAAUUCCAUUAGGAUUAUGUCAGAGUUAUAUAGAAGAAUUAAAAAGUGAUGAUGGAAAGUUUUAUGAGUAUUUAAGAAUGACUGUUUCCACCUUUGAUAGCCUACUGGCACGACUUGCAGACAAUCUUAGAAGAGAAAACACACAUUUCAGAAAUUGUAUAAGUGCCGAAGAAAGACUAGUGAUAACUUUAAGAUAUUUGGCGUCGGGAUGUUCGUUUAAACAACUGCAUUAUAAUUUUAGAGUGGGAAUGUCAACCAUCAGCAAAAUAAUCAAAGAAACGUGUUCUGUUAUUUGGAGCGUAUUAAGUGCAGAAUAUUUAAAGUUGUCCAAUACCGAAGAAGAAUGGAAAGCGAUCGCUGAAGCUUUUAAAACGAAAGCAAAUUUUCCUCAUUGCCUCGGUGCGCUGGACGGCAAGCACAUAAGGAUUACAAAGCCAAUAAAUAGUGGUUCUAUGUUUUUUAACUAUAAGGAUUAUUUUUCUUUUAUUUUAUUUGCAAUUGUUGAUUCAGAAUACCGUUUCAUUUACGUUAGUAUUGGUUCAUACGGAAAAGAGUGUGAUUCAUCUAUCCUAAAACAAUCCAAUUUUUGGAAGAAACUAAAUGAUGGUACUUUAAAUAUACCAAGACCCACGCCAUUACACGAAAAUAUGCAAGAAGAAAUACCAUAUGUAUUUGUUGGAGACGAAGCCUUUACAUUGUCACAAAAUUUAUUGCGACCUUAUGGCGGUACUCAUUUAGACAAUAAGAAAAAGAUAUUUAAUUACCGUCUAAGCCGCGCGAGAAGAUAUGUUGAAUGCACUUUUGGUAUCUUAUCCAAUAAAUGGAGGAUCUUGCAUAGACCAUUGGAUGUAUGUGCAGAAACAGCUAUUGAAGUUGUAAAGGCUUGUACGGUAUUACAUAAUUUUUUAAUAAAAAAAGACGCUAUAUACUUGGAGAAUACCCCAACCGUUAUGCCCCUGGUAAACAUGCCUGCAACACAGCUGCGUUCAAACGAAGGUGGUGGAAACGCAGUGCGCUUACAAUUUUCCGACUAUUUUGUAUCUGAAAUAGGCUCCGUACCUUGGCAAAACAUUACAGCACAUGUGUCAUAAUAAAUAAAAAGUUUCAGAAACU